CUUGGGAAUUUGCAUUGUCGGCCAGCCAUGACAGCCGAGACGCUCAUCGCGGACAACGACGUCAAGCCGAAUGAUGAGACGUAUGGUCGCCGGGACAUGCGCUUCGUCUUCAUCUUCAACGGCUUGUUGCCGCUCCUGAUCUACUCGAUCGCGGUCAAGUACACGUCGGAAGUAAACGCAAUGGUGCUGCACUCGAUUCCUCCGAUCCUCAAGGGCGUCUACGAGAUCUCGUCGCAAGGCCAAGCCGACUUUCUCUCGUCGCUUCAAGUCAUCUCGACGAUUGUGUGCAUUGUGCUCAUGGAAAUCUUCGAAGACCCGAAAGUGAUUUUACUCAAAGACUCGAUCCUGCUGCUCUGCAUUGCGUUCGGGUACUUUGUCGCGUUCUACAACGACGAGUGGAACCUUCUCUGGCGCGUCUACCGCCUCCUCUCCGAGACGUCGAUUGAGGAGAAGCACGCUCUCGACCUCAAGUGGACGCGACCGCACAUUCGCCGCCGCUUCAAGCUCCUCGCCGGCCUCUGGGGCACCAUCCUCGUGCUUGAAAACAGCGCCAAGGUCGCGCUCAUUCUCAUGUACCCCGUCGGCACCAUGAUCUUUGUGCUGCCGUUGAUGGGCAUGGUCUUUGGCGGGUCGCUCACCUUUGGCACCUACUGCUACCUCAAGAUGAAGGACCGCGAAGACAGCUUGCGCCCCGAGACGACGCCACUUGUCUGAGAAACCGACUUGAGUCGGUAGCUGCGUCUGUGUAUAGCGUACUACUAAUAGUGAUGUUGACAAGAACGAUUCGCUGGAAUAAGAUCGCAGUGCUGCGAUAUAGUCCUUG